AUGGCGGCGGCGGCGGCGGCGCGGCGGCAGCUGGAGCUGCUGCGGGAGGAGCGCGAGGCGGAGCUGGCGCAGAGCAGGACGUGGCAGGAGGGCGUCUCGCCGCGGGAGCUGCAGCGCCGCGGGCUCUGCCUGCUGGGGCUGCGCGCGGCCGCCCAGAGCACCGGCCUCUACGGACGCCUGCUCGUCACCUUCGAGGGCCGCGCSGGCGCCCCCGGCGCCCCCCUGCCCRCACACRCCCUCGGGCAUGGGGACAUCGUGGCCCUGCACGAGGGCUCGGGGCCGGGCGCCGCGCUGGCCACGGGCGUCGUGACGCGCGUCGCCGCCUCGACCGUCACCGUGGCCUUCGAGGAGGCCCGCGAGGGGCUGCCCAGCGUGGGCCACGAGGGCUCCUACCGCCUGCUCAAGCUGGCCAACGACGUCACCUACACCCGGAUGAAGAGGGCUUUGAUUGCACUAAGUCAAUACCACAGCGGUCCAGCCUCUGGCCUGAUUGAUGUCCUCUUCUUUUCUUCAGAGCCAAGCACCUUCAGUGAAACAGGGCCRCUGGUGCUGCAGGACACGGCGCUGGACGCCUCGCAGAGGGAGGCUGUGUCCUUCGCGCUGGCGCAGCGGGAGCUCGCCAUCAUCCACGGGCCGCCCGGCACCGGCAAGACCACCACGCUYGUGGAGAUCGUCCUGCAGGCCGUCCAGCGAGGCCUCAAGGUGCUGUGCUGCGCGCCGUCCAACGUGGCCGUGGACAACCUGGCGGAGCGGCUGGCGGGCCGCGGCGCCCGCCUCGUGCGCCUGGGCCACCCCGCGCGCCUCCUGGAGCCGCUGCAGCGGCACGCGCUGGACGCGGUGCUGGCGCGCGGGGACGGCGCCCGCCUCCUCGCCGACAUCCGCAGGGACAUCGACCAGGCCCUCGCAAAAUCCAAGAAGGCCCAGGACAAGGGAGAACGGAGCCACUUUCUCAAUGAGAUAAAGCUGCUGAGAAAGGAGCUGAAGGAGCGAGAAGAAGCUGCCAUGACCGCAGCCCUUACCCACGCCAGCGUCAUCCUCGCGACGAACACAGGCGCCUCRAGCGACGGCCCCCUGAAGGUGCUGCCCGAGGGGCACCUGGACGUGGUGGUGCUGGACGAGUGCGCGCAGGCGCUCGAGGCCAGCUGCUGGAUCCCGCUGCUGCGCGCGCCCAAGUGCGUCCUGGCCGGCGACCACAAGCAGCUGCCGCCCACCAUCGUCUCGCACAAGGCGGCCGCCGGGGGCCUCUCGCGGAGCCUCAUGGAGCGGCUGGUGGAGCGCUGCGGCGCGGCGGCCACGCGCAUGCUCACCGUGCAGCACCGCAUGCACGAGGACAUCAUGCGCUGGGCCUCGGACGAGAUGUACGGCGGGCGCCUGCGCGCGCACCCCGCCGUGGCACACCACCUGCUCAGGGACCUGCCGGGCGUCGCGGCCACGGAGGACACCUCGAUCGCCCUGCUGCUCAUCGACACCGCCGGCUGCGGCCUCUUCGAGCUGGAGGAGGGAGACGAGCAGUCCAAGGGCAACCCAGGCGAGGUGCAGCUGGCCGGGCUGCACGUGCAGGCGCUGCUGGAGGCCGGCGUGAAGGCGCGGGACGUGGCCGUGGUGGCGCCCUACAACCUGCAGGUGGACAUGCUAAGAGAGCACCUCUGCCACAGGUACCCCGAGCUGGAAGUUAAGUCGGUGGACGGUUUCCAGGGGCGAGAGAAGGAGGCCGUGAUCCUGUCCUUCGUGCGCUCCAACAGGAAGGGCGAGGUCGGCUUCCUGGCCGAGGAGCGGCGCGUGAACGUGGCGGUGACGCGCGCCCGGCGCCACGUGGCCCUGCUCUGCGACUCGCGCACCGUGGGCACCCAGCCCUUCCUGCGGCGCCUCGUGGACCACUUCGGGCGGCACGGCGAGGUGCGCUCCGCCUUCGAGUACCUGCCCGACCUCGUGCCGCACAACUACUCGCACAAGGGCCGCGGAGAGCCCAAGCCCAAGSCCAAGGCCAAGGCGCAUCCAGCACGUCCGGCACGGCAGCCCCGCGCGGCACCCAGCAAACCUGCCUCGGCUGAGCCGGAGCCGCGCAUGCCAGAGCCGGAGCAGCGUGUGCCGGAGAGCGCGGAGCCGGAGCAGCGCGCGCUGGAGAGCAGCACGGAGCCGGAGAGCGGCGCGGAGGAGCUGCGGGCGACGCUGGCGGCGUUCGCGCGGGGCGCCGCGGCCGAGCUCACCUUCCCCGCCUCGCUCAGCCCGCGCCAGCGCCUGCUCGUGCACCUGGCGGCCGAGGAGCUGGGGCUGCAGCACCAGAGCAGCGGCCAGGGCCGGCACCGCCGCGUCACCGUGCGCAAGGGGCCGCCCCACGGCCCCGCACAGCAGCCACCCCCUCCUGGGUCCCCGGCUGCCAGCCCCACGGAGGAGGCUGCCAGCCCCACAGAGGAGGCUGCUGGCCCCACAGAGGAGACUGCUGGCCCCACUGAGACUGAGGCGGGAAGCGGCAAGGCCUCUGUCCCAACCGUGGACCUCAAGUCUUUGCACAUGGAGCGAGUGCAGCGGGAGAAGGCGAGGGCGGCGCGGGAGCCACGGGCUGGCCCCCCAAGUGGCAGCAGGAGAAAGGACCGGUGCCCAGGCAAGGGCACGCCGAGCGGCGCCGCGCCGGAGGACGUCGACGCGCUCAUCGCGGCYGCCGUCAAGGCCGACGGCACCUGCGGCUUCGCCCGCUGCGCCGCCAGCGUCGCCACCCUGGGCCAGCGCUGCCCCCACUGCGCCCGGCGCUACUGCCUGCGCCACCACGUCCCCGAGGUCCACGGCUGCGGGGAGGCGGCCAAGGGCCACGCGCGGCAGCGGCGGCCGGCGGAGAAGCCCCUGGAUGCGGCCGCGAGAGCCCAGCUGCAGCGGCGCCUGGACAGAAAGCUCAGCGAGCUGAGCGGCCAGCGAAGGAGCAAGAGGAAGGACAAGGAGAAGUGAGGGCGCCGGCAGCGAAGUUGGGUUAUCCCUUCGACUGGAAGGCAGCGGGGAGGCUGGAGAAACCAAAGAGGCUGUUCAGGGAGCGGGAUCAGG